ACAUAUCCUGAGGAACAGCAUAAAUGAAUUUAAUGCAAGCCUGGAUCAAUUUAACACAGACGUAAAUGAGAUUUCCUCCAUAAUUUUAAAAAUAGCAGAUUAUUUGGAUAAGUUUCACAAAGGAGCAACUGCUGUUAGUAUAUCUGGAAAUGUAGUCAGUGCUGCAGGAGGAAUAACAGCAGUUGUUGGAGCUUGUCUGGCUCCAGUUACUUUCGGUGCAUCACUGAUUGUGUCAAUUGUAGGUAUAAGUGUUUCUGCAAUUGGAAGUGGUACUUCUGUUAUUGCAAAAAUAGCAGACUUUGCUAAAAACAAAAAGUCAUGUAAAGAGGUUCAGAAAAUGAUAGAAGAAAAUAUCAAAAACCACACAGAAAGCUUACAAAACAAAGCUGAAAAAAUCAAACCUGUCAUUGUUAGAUUAUUGUACCUAAAAUCAGUCCUGGAUGAGGAUAAUGCUGGUUUAUCAGAUACAUUAGAUGUUGAUGGUUUAGCAGCAGAGGCUUCCUUUGAAUAUUCUAGACUAGCAGGACUCUUAGGGAGUGCCAGAGCUGUUUCAGUAGGCUUGUCAACACUCAGUGGCAUUGCCCAAGUAGCUACAGGGGUAGUUUCUGGAUUGUUUCUUAUACUAGAUGCAAUUUUUAUAGCACAAGAUGCCAAAGACUUGCACAGUGGUGCUAAAACGGACGCAGCAAAAAAAAUGCGAGAAGCAGUAGACUGUUUUAACAACUAUAGAAAAGAGCUACAUUAUUUCCAGUCAUCUUGCAAAGAAUUUUAUGAACAGCUGUUAAAUAGUAACUAAUAAUAUAUUAAUGGGCAAAUUGGCAUCUGUUUAUAUGCUAUAUAUAAAUAUA